UGCGCUCUCCUCCGACGAAGGACGCAAAAAAAGCCUCAGUUCCUAGUCGCCUGCGCCUUUCUCUCUCGUCCACCCUCUUACUCGCUAUCUCUCAUCUGCCUGCUCCGGUUGUAGGUCUUUUCUCUGCUCCGUAUACAAACAUCAUCAUGGUCAGUCGGUGGGCAUCUCUUUUCCUCGUCCUUGUCGCAUCCUGUGUGAUCCCUGGCUCGCGCGCAUCAAACGUGACCUCUCUGACCGGUACCUGGACUUCUAAGUCGGACGCGGUCUUCACUGGACCUGGAUUCUAUGAUCCUGUUGAUGAACUUCUCGUGGAGCCGCGUCUGCCCGGCCUGAGUUUCAGCUUUACAGACGACGGCUACUACGAAGAGGCCUUCUAUAUCGUCCACUCGAACCCCACCACACCCGGAUGCCCUACUGCCGUCCUCCAGUUCCAGCACGGCGAAUAUGUCCUCAACAGUAACGGCUCCAUCUCUAUGUUCCCCAUCGCUGUCGACGGUCGACAGCUGUACUCUGAUCCUUGCACCUCAAAUUCCUCGGAUUACACAAGAUAUUCUCAGUUUGAGCUGUAUUCGGAAUGGAAUAUCGUCAUCGACAGUUAUCGUGGACAAUACCGCCUCAACCUUUACGAGUGGGACGGUACCCCCGUUCGCCCGUUAUACCUCGCCUAUCGACCGCCGCUCAUGCUUCCUACCGUGACCAUGAACCCGACGACUGCUGCCGCUUCAUCUACUUCCACCUCUGUCAGCUCGCGCCACAGAAUAAAAAGAUCAUUCCAGAACAGACAUGUCACGAACGCUUACAAGAAAUCUUAUCUCAACUACGAUUUCUGGUGGUGGACCGGUGUUUUCUUGAUGGUUGGCGGCGGCUCCUCAUACAUCUUCCUUCAGGCGCGUCAGCUCAAGACGGCUUAAUUCUCGACUAGUUGCACCGUCUAUAUCACCAAGCUAUCGAGUGCUGUCCAAUCUCUGUCUCAUUCGACAAAAGGCGUCUCGAUCUGCAGUGUGCUGAUUUUGUCUUGAACUUAAGUGGCUCAGAAUUAUCACCAAGCGCUACCUUGCUUGUCUGGUCAUCACUUCGUUUAUUUUUAUGUUUUUAAAGGCGUUGGUAAAGAUUGCUAUUGUUUUCUUUUGUACUCUCUGUUUUCGUUGUUUCGUAAAUUAGCUGCUGUUAUAUCGUGUUUUACAAGCCUUGACUUUGGUUAUCUGCAUACUCAUAAACUGUUUUUAGUUUUAGAAAUUGAAAUGAAAAGCUUUAUCUAUAAUGA